AUGCUGGCGCGGCGGGGGCUGGCGGCGGCGGCGGCGGCGGCGGCGGGGCGGGGGGCGCGCGGGGCGGCCUCCCCCUCCCCCUCCCCCCGCCCCUCGGUGCUGCUCUUCCCCGGGCAGGGCGGGCAGCGCGUGGGCAUGGGGCGGGGGCUGCCGGGCUGCCCGGGCGCGCGCCGGCUCUUCCGCGCGGCCGAGCGCGUGCUGGGCUACGACCUGCUGGGCCUCUGCCUGGGCGGGCCGCGCGCCGAGCUCGACCGCACCGCCCGCUGCCAGCCCGCCCUCUUCGUCUGCUCGCUGGCCGCCGCCGAGGCGCUGCGCCACCGGCAACCCGCGGCGGUUGAAAACUGUGUUGCAGCUGCUGGAUUCAGCCUUGGAGAGUACGCAGCUCUUGUUUUCGCAGGAGCCAUAGAGUAUGCAGAAGCUUUAUACGUAGUAAAAGUACGUGCUGAAGCCAUGCAAGAGGCGUCAGAAGCUGUUCCAAGUGGAAUGUUGUCCGUUAUUGGCCGGCAUCAUUCAGAUUAUGUGGCUGCCUGCAGAGAUGCUUGUGAGCAUUGCAAAUCAGUGGGCAUAGAAGAUCCUGUAUGUGAAAUUUCAAACUACCUGUUUCCUGAUGGUAGAGUCAUUGCAGGACACUUGCAGGCACUGGAGUUUUUACAACAAAAUGCCAAAAAAUACUCAUUUGCACGUGUGAAAAUGCUGCCAGUCAGUGGAGCUUUUCAUACUCGACUUAUGGAACCAGCAGUGGAACCUUUAUCUGAAGCCCUUGGAUUGAUUAACAUUCAAAAGCCACUCAUCCCUGUCUAUUCAAAUGUGGACUGCCAGAGAUACACAGAACCAAAACAGAUCAAGCAUUUGUUAGUGAAACAGCUAAUUUCGCCCGUGAAAUGGGAACAGACAAUGCAUAUAAUGUAUGAUAGGAAAAAAGGAGUAGAGCUUCCUUGUACGUAUGAAGUUGGGCCUGGAGGACAGCUUGGAGCCAUGCUCAAAAACUGCAACAUGAAGGCCUGGAGAUUCUAUACAAAUACCGAUUCUUUAGAAGAUGAGGAAAAAGAAGAAACAUAGCGGUGUUUGCAAGAAAAGACUUCAUGGUGGAAGCCCCCCCAUUUGAUGGUAAGGGGGGGACUUAAGCAGGCCCAUCCGUGGUCUGUCAACAGAGAGAUGUACACAGCUGAUGUGAGGGUGUCCCAUCUCUAGGCAGCAGCCGCAUGCAGAAAUCGUGUCGAUAAGCUGCAUGUUACCCCACGAAGACAAAGACCAUCAAAUGACAUUUUGGGUCCUGGUCCAUCAUGCUGACGGACUUGCCCUCUAAUUUAAUGGUUCCAGUGGCAGACCAUCAGAUAUCUUGUACUUAGAAAUGUAGCUGUCCUAAUUGACCAUUUUAAAUAAACCAAAGGAUUGUGAUGA